AUGGCCAAGUCCUUCGGGAACCCCAGCCUGAUGGCCAGCUCAUUGAUCCGUGUCGCCCCGCCUCAGCGGCUAUCUUGGUUGCUGGAAUGCUCAUCACUGGUGCGCUUACCGUGGGGCCCCCUCUUGCUGGUUCCUAGGAACUGUACGAACCCAGACCCAACGACCCACCAAAAUUUCAAGCAACCGGUAUGGCAAACCUUGAACAUGUUUGUUGGAGAAGCGUGUUGUAUGAUAGCCUACUAUCUGAUCCAAUGGAUGUCAAGGCCGGCAAGAGGCAGCAAAGAGCUAGGCUACACGCCCAUUCCGCGCGACUCAAUGGACGGAUGCUUACAAGAGGAGGAGGAGCAGGAAUCCACCCUAGGUGACACUCUCACCCCCAACCAACCUGUCUCGGUAUCAGACUACCUCAUCCAGCCUGCCCAUCCCAAAUCUCAAUUAGUUGGCCUCCAGAAACUGGUCUUCUGGCUGCCCGCCUUGUUCAAUAUUUGUGGAACAACUGUCAGUGCCCUCUACGCGCCAUCUCACUUGUUGUUCAUCGCUAACUUGUUCCAUUCUCAGUCUUCCAAAUGA